GCUUUCGCGCCCUCGCCGCUUCUUCUUGACUGGAAAGUUUCCCAGGAAGCCCCAGGACGAAAUGUCUGCCUUCUUACAGGCCCUGCACAUUAAGGCAGCAGCGGGGACCGGAGUUGAGGAGGAGGAUUUGAGGAAAUGGGGUUUGACAGGGAUUCAUUUGCGCUCCUAUCAGCUGGCUGGAGUCAACUGGCUGGUGCAGCGUUUUCAACUUCAGCAUGGCUGCAUUCUUGGUGAUGAAAUGGGCCUGGGUAAGACGUGCCAGACUAUUGCUUUUCUCAUUUACUUGACUGGAAGUUUAAAGAAGAAGGGACCCUUUCUGAUUCUUUGUCCCUUGUCUGUUCUGAGCAACUGGAAGGAAGAGAUGGAGAGAUUUGCUCCUGGCCUUUCCAGCAAAGUAUACACAGGUGACAAGGAAGAGAGAGCUCACCUGCAGCAAGAUCUGAAGAAGGACUCCUCUUUUCAUGUGCUGCUGAGCACCUAUGAGAUUUGCCUGAAAGACACAGCAUUUCUAAAAACUUUCUCUUGGAGCGUUCUGGUUGUAGAUGAAGCCCACAGAUUGAAGAACCAGAGCUCGCUGCUGCACAGAACCCUUUCAGAGAUCUCUGUAGACUUCAGCCUUCUGUUGACUGGCACCCCCAUUCAAAACAGCCUUCAGGAGCUUUACUCCCUCCUGAGCUUUGUGGAACCCAGUCUCUUCCCAGAAGAUCAGUUGGAAGAUUUCAUUCAACGCUACGAGGGUAUUGAGAAAGAAGCCGAUUCAGCGACUGAACUACACCAGCUCCUGCAGCCCUUUCUGCUGAGGCGAGUCAAGGCCGAUGUGGCUCCGGAGCUCCCCAAGAAGACAGAAGUGGUGCUGUACCACGGGAUGUCGGCCCUGCAGAAGAAGUACUACAAGGCCAUUUUGAUGAAGGAUCUAGAUGCAUUUGAAAAUGAAAUGGGCAGGAAAGUGAAGCUUCAGAACAUUCUAUCACAGCUCAGGAAGUGUGUGGGCCACCCUUAUCUGUUUGAUGGCGUUGAGCCGGAGCCAUUUGAAAUUGGAGACCACCUAAUUGAGGCCAGUGGGAAGCUCUAUCUGCUGGAUAAACUGCUGUCGUUCUUGUAUACCAGAGACCACCGUGUGCUGCUCUUCUCCCAGAUGACCCACAUGCUGGAUAUUCUUCAAGACUACAUGGAUUACAGAGGCUACAGCUAUGAGCGUUUGGAUGGGUCAGUGAGAGGAGAAGAAAGACACCUUGCAAUUAAGAACUUUGGACAGCAGCCUAUAUUUGUUUUUCUCCUGAGCACCAAGGCAGGUGGAGUGGGCAUGAAUUUGACUGCUGCCGAUACAGUUAUUUUUGUGGACAGUGACUUUAACCCUCAGAAUGACUUGCAGGCGAUCGCCAGGGCUCACAGAAUCGGCCAGAAGAAGUCUGUGAAGAUUAUUCGGCUUAUUGGCCGAGAUACAGUGGAAGAAAUCAUCUACAGGAGAGCGGCGUCCAAGCUGCGUCUCACCAACGCCAUCAUAGAGGGUGGCCACUUGACUCUGGGAAUGCAGAAGUCUCCAGCAGCCUCCGACCUGCAGUUGAGUGAGAUCCUCAAGUUUGGCUUGGACAAACUGCUCUCUUCUGAGGGAAGUACCAUGGAAGAGAUUGACCUGGAGUACAUCCUGGGUGAAAGCAAGGAUGGCAAGUGGACUGCAGAUGCCUUCCCUGCCUCAGAAGAGGAAAGCCAAGAAGAAGAGGCUGAAAGUCAUAUGUAUUUAUAUGAAGGUAAAGAUUAUUCUAAAGAGCCAAGUAAAGAAGACAGGAAAUCAUUUGAGCAACUUGUGGAUCUUCAGAAAACCCUUUUGGAUGAGAUCAAUCAAGAGGGGAGGGCACUCCGAAAUAAAGGAAGCGCUCUCAUCCCAGGACUUUUGGAAGGGCCUACCAAAAGAAAGCGCAUCCUGAGCCAGGAAGAACUAGAGGAGAGACGGAAGAAAAGACAAGAGGCAGCGGCUAAGAGAGUGAGGCUGAUGGAAGAGAAGAAGAAGGAAAAGCAAGAGGCACAGCAUAGGAAAAAGAUGGCAUGGUGGGAGUCAAACAAUUACCAGUCAUCCUGCCUGCCCUCUGAGGAAAGUGAAACAGAUGAAGUGGAGGAAGGGAAUGAUGAGAGCGACAUUGAAUUCAGUUAUGAAGAUCAAGACCCGAUUUCGAUCAAUUAUGUUAGUGGGGAUGUCACCCACCCCCAGGCAGGAGCAGAGGAUGCCAUCAUUGUCCACUGCGUGGAUGAUUCUGGACGCUGGGGCAGAGGGGGUUUGUUCACAGCCUUAGAAGUUCGAUCAGGUGAACCAAGGAAAAUCUAUGAACUAGCAGGGAAGAUGAAGGAUCUGAGUCUGGGAGGAGUCCUUUUAUUCCCUAUUGAUGACAAGGAGUCUAGAAGCAAAGGACAGGACUUGUUGGCGUUGAUUGUGGCUCAGCACCGGGAUCGCUCCAAUGCCUUGUCUGGUAUCAAGAUGGCAGAACUAGAGGAAGGUUUGAAAAAGAUCUCUUUAGCUGCAAGGAAAAAGAAGGCAAGCGUCCAUCUUCCACGCAUCGGACAUGCUACCAAAGGAUUUAACUGGUAUGGUACAGAGCGCCUCAUACGGAAACAUUUAGCGGCAAAAGGUGUCUCAACUUAUGUGUAUUACUUUCCUAGGAAUAAGGCCCUUUCUACUUAUUCACAACCAUCUGCAUCGUCCGCAAGGUCUGUGGUGCCAUGACACUUGCCUGAGCCCCAAGGUCUCUUUUGAAAAGAACAGUAAGACAAGCCACAACCUUUCAGAGCUGCUGAAGAAUAUUUCCAGAAGAAAGCAAAAUAAUGAAAUAUUUUAUUUUACGAGUUCUAAAUUGUUUCCAUUCUAUUUUUGUAAUGUAGAAGUGCACAACCUAUUAGGGGAAACCAUGUUGGCAGUUUA